UUACAAGGGUCCAAAAAGACCGUAUCAAAGCUGCUCUAAGUUUCUCCCCCAGCACUCCAGAGUGUGCCUCUCCUGAUCUGUCAAUCUGCAGCACAGCAACAGGAGAAGAACAGAUUGUUAAAGGCCUGGCUGGAGAAAAUCCUGCAAGAUCCUUCUCUCUCUCUCUCUCUGAAUCCGUAAAUGUUCUUCUAACUAAUCCAAAUAGAGAACAUCUAAAGAAGAAAAAGUCCAAUCUUACUCCUCAUUUACUGGAUAUUGGAUCACUUGGCGUCUUUUUACCUAGGAAACUAAACUAACUCUUCUGCAAGCUUUAUCCAAUGGAUAUUUUCUACAUGUAUGGGAUUGUGUCUUGCUUUUUUACUUCUUUCUGCUGGCUGGCUGUGGAUUCAUUUAUUUCUAAAGAACUCCUCUCUGGAAAGCUAAAUGAAUAUGGUGUGGUUGUCCCAUUCAGUGCAGAUCAUCUAGGACGAUAUAUUUCUCACGUGGUGUCAGCAGGAAGUAGGAUGACCUUAAAGCACCCUGGGCAGAGGUUUGCCCGAAGUAUUCCUGAUCCACCAACAACUCAGUCAGAUGAUAGGUGCUUGUACUUCAAUGUCACAGUCUUUGGCAAGCAGCUGCAUCUGCGUUUGAAGCCCAAUAGAAAGUUGGUUUCUCAUGAGGCUACUAUUCAGUGGCAGGAGGAUUUCCAAGAGAUUUCUCAUGACUCAAUCCAAGCUGACUGUGUGUAUACAGGAGAUAUUACGGAUAUGCCUGGAGCAACUGUGGCCAUCAGCAACUGUGAUGGACUGGCUGGAAUGAUAAGAACUGACAAUAGUGAGUUCUUUAUUGAGCCUUUAGAAAGGGGAAGACAGGAAGACGAAGAGAAUGGUCGUGCUCAUGUUGUCUACAGGAGAUCUGCUGUUCAACAUGAUAAAACUGAAAUUCAAGGGGAGAUGCAUAAUGAAGUUGCAAAGAGUGAAGUUGGCAAUCUCCCUUUUGCACUGGAUUCACUACAGGACAGGUUGUGGGACAAUGAACGCAAGAAACGCCAUGCAAAGAAGGAUGACUAUAACAUUGAGGUUCUCCUUGCUGUGGAUGACUCAGUUGUGCGCUUCCAUGGAAAAGAGCAUGUGCAGAACUACGUCCUCACCCUUCUGAACAUAGUAGAUGAAAUUUACCACGACGAGUCGCUUGGGGUCAAUAUCAACAUUGUGUUAGUCCGAAUGAUCAUGGUAGGAUACAGGCAGUCUAUAAGUCUCAUAGAACGUGGAAAUCCAUCUAGGAGUCUUGAGCAAGUGUGUCGUUGGGCCCAUUCUCAGCAGCGUUCAGAUCCAGAUCAUGCAGAACACCAUGAUCAUGCUGUGUUUCUCACCAGGCAAGAUUUUGGUCCUGCAGGUAUGCAAGGCUAUGCUCCAGUUACUGGUAUGUGCCACCCACUGCGUAGCUGCACCCUGAACCAUGAGGAUGGGUUUUCCUCUGCAUUUGUGGUUGCCCAUGAAACAGGUCAUGUGCUUGGGAUGGAGCAUGAUGGUCAGGGAAAUCGUUGUGCUGAUGAAACUAGUAUGGGAAGUAUCAUGGCUCCACUGGUGCAAGCUGCUUUCCAUCGCUAUCACUGGUCAAGAUGCAGUAAGCAGGAACUUAAUAGAUAUAUACAUUCCUAUGAUUGUCUCCUGGAUGAUCCCUUUGAACAUAAGUGGCCAAAACUUCCAGAAUUACCAGGAAUAAACUACUCGAUGGACGAACAAUGUAGAUUUGAUUUUGGAGUGGGUUACAGGAUGUGCACAGCUUUUAGGACAUUUGACCCCUGCAAGCAGCUGUGGUGCAGUCACCCAGAUAAUCCCUAUUUCUGCAAAACGAAAAAGGGCCCCCCUCUCGACGGAACUGAAUGUUCUCCCGGAAAGUGGUGCUUUAAAGGUCAUUGCAUCUGGAAGACACCAGAGCAGGCUUACAGCCAGGAUGGAGGAUGGAGCUCAUGGUCAAGGUUUGGAUCCUGUUCUCGAACAUGUGGAGGAGGAGUUCGUUCUCGUGGCAGACAGUGCAACAAUCCACCACCAGCAUAUGGAGGUCGUGACUGCCUUGGUGCCACCUAUGAAUAUCAGAUGUGCAACACUGAGGAAUGUCGAGGACCAUUUGAGGAUUUCCGAGCUCAGCAGUGCUCACAGCGAAACUCCUACUACACCCACCAAAAUACCAAGCACACUUGGCUUACUUAUGAACAUCAUGAUGAUGCACAGAAAUGUGAGCUUAUAUGCCAGUCUAAGGAAACGGGAGAUGUGGUUUUUAUGAAUCAGGUGGUUCAUGAUGGUACCCGUUGUAGCUAUAAAGAUCCGUAUAGUGUUUGCGCCAGAGGAGAUUGUGUGCACUUUGGAUGUGACAAGGAAAUUGGUUCACUGAAAGAAGACGAUAAGUGUGGGGUUUGUGGGGGUGAUAAUUCUCAUUGUCGAACCGUGAAGGGAACACUAGUCAAAUCGCCAAAACAGUCUGCCGGUGUUUUAAAAAUGUUUGAGAUUCCAGCAGGAGCCAGGCACAUACAAAUAGAAGAGACGGAAGUGUCUUCUAACAAUCUUGCUAUUAAAAACCAAGUGAGUGGAAAUUUCAUUCUGAAUGUUAAAGGCAAAGAUAAUAAAUCAAGGACAUUUCUAGAAAUGGGUUUGGAGUGGGAAUACACUGUUGAAGAUGGAAAGAAAACUGUGAAAACCACUGGACCAUUGCAUGAGCCCAUUGGGGUCUUGGUUGUACCGCAGGAAGAGGAGCUAAAGAGCAGCUUAACAUACAAAUACAUUAUUCAUGAAGAUCUUUUACCAAUGAUUGGUAACAAUAAUGUUCUAUUGGAGGAGAUGGAUUCUUACGAAUGGGCACUAAAAAGUUGGUCCCAAUGUUCAAAAGCAUGUGGUGGAGGUAUCCAGUACACUAAGUAUGGAUGUCGGAGAAAAAGUGACAACAAAAUGGUUCAGCGUACCCUAUGUGACAACAACAAAAAGCCCAAGCCUAUUAGAAAACGGUGUAACUUGCAUGAAUGCUCCCAGCCAGGAUGGGUAGAAAAUGAAUGGGGAUCUUGCAGCAAAACCUGUGGCAAGUUGGGUGUCCAAACAAGGGUAGUCCAAUGUAUCCAGCACCUGCAAAAUGGCACCAAUCGCACUGUCCAUACAAAAUACUGUACUGCUGAACGCCCAGAACCAAGGAGGCCAUGCAACCGAAUACCAUGUCCUGCACAAUGGAGAACAGGAGCCUGGUCACAGUGCUCAUCAACUUGCGGUGAGGGCAUCCAGCAGCGCCAAGUAGUGUGCAAAGCAAGUGAUAAUGUUAUCGGUCAGUGUGAUGGCGAAAGGCCUGAAACAAUCCAAGUCUGCAAGAUGGCACCCUGCCCAGGAAAAUCUCCCGGACGUACUCAACAAGCAGAAACUAGUGACUUAAGUACCCCAAAAACUCUAUUGGCUCCCUCAUUAAAUUCUCCCAAAAAUCCUGUGAAUAAAAUAUCAAAAGACUCAUGCCAAGGUGACAAGUCCAUUUUUUGUCAGAUGGAAGUCUUAGCACGUUACUGCUCUAUACCUGGGUACAACAAGCUGUGCUGUGAGUCCUGCAGCAAGAAGAUCAUGCCCACAGGCUUGCCCCCAAAUUCCGAACAUGCAGCUCUGGAGCUCCGGGCACCUGAGGGUGCUAUCCUUCCUAGUCCUAUCCCACCAGUAACCCUUGUUCCUACAGUUGUCUUGACUGAAACUGAAACCUCGGUAGGCAAUAGUCCAUUGGAGGCACCAUUGUCUGCCUUAGGAGCUGAACAAACUCAACAGUACUCAGCAGCCAACAAUGUCACCAAUGGAAUUUUAAUGGUGCAAGAAAAAAACAACUCAGUUAUCAAUGUAGAAAAGCAACAUCCUGUAGAAAACAGCGAUGGACUAAGCGAAAACCUGGGUACACAGGUCAAUAAAACAUCAGUCAAUAAACAAAGCCGGGCCAGCAUAUUGGCAUCUUCUGAAGUACUUAGACGAAGAAGGGAUGAUGCUGAAGAAGAGCAUACAGUUGCUACAUGAGCUGCCUUACGAAUGGCACAGAAGAGAUGGGCAGCCUCAGUAAAAACAGACAAUUGUUGAAAGUUAAAAUAGUAAAGAAAAGGCUAUUUUACAGGUAGCACUUUUCAGGCAUUGAGAAAUGACAGAAUUUUACUGCUAUGAUGAAAUCUCUGGGCCUCGGUACAUAAGGGCCUGUAUUUUUACCUCACAGUGCAGCGUGAAUGCACUUUAUGUUGUCAUAAGGGUGCUACCAACUGGAUUCAGAACACAGAAAAGAAACCAUUUUCUGUCACCUCAGUUCUUCAGGCCAGUGGUCGCUUUUUUUUUUUUCUUGAGCUAUGAAGAACUUGAAACCUGGUGCUUUCUUGAGUUUAGAAUAGGUUUAGAACUGCCACGGUUUUACAUGUAAAUGGUGCUGUAUUUGUAUCCGAACAUUUUCUGUACCUCAGUAAAGUUGGGUCUGUUGCAGUGAG